AUGGCAACGAAUUCAACCAAUGACAAAACGUUUGACCACCAAUCGCCCAGCGAGGUCCAGCUCUACUUCGACUACAACGUCGUUGUUUUCUUCAUGUUUCUCACAUCUGUAUGCGGAGUGCUGGGCAACUCGGUGAACUGCGUGACGUUCACUCGCCAAGGGUUGCAGGAUCGAGUCCAACUCACGCUGUUCUCCCUGUCCACGAGUGAACUUUUCUCCUGUGUUUUUUGUGUGGGCUACACCAUCGCCAUCGUGUGUAAAAUAUUGGAGGUACCCACCUACAUCGGGUAUGAGGUGAUCUCCUACAUACUUAUAGUCCUUCGAUGUAUCUUCACAGAUAUAUCUUCGGCUAUUACAGUCUUCAUCUCCAUCGAGCGGUGUCUGUGUGUCACUUUGCCUUUUAUUUUCAACACAAAGUCCACGCCAAAAACAACUAAAAUUAUCUUGACAACUCUGACAGUGUUUGUGGUUAUAAAUUACGUCCCGCUACUUUGUACUGAAAACAUCACGCCUUACACAGACCAUGAAAACAAUGUUACGAUACUCUCGUUCGGCCCUUCAGAAGGUUUUGAGAUAUUAAACAUGUACAACGAUUACCUAUUUGGAUUCACGUUGUCAUUUCUGUGUCAAAUAUGUGUGUUUGUCUGUGCUAUCCUCAUGUACAGAGGCCUGAAAAAGUCUUCAGAAGUUCGUGACAACUCCAAAGAGUUCGGACAACUGUCCAAGGAGAAGGAAUCCAAUCUAACCGGAAGUCCGUUAUCCCGGAAGGAGAGACGGGUUGUGAAGAUGGUUCUCAUGUUGGCGUGUCUGUACAUCCCCACUGGGAUCCCACAAAUCAUUUUUGUGCUUGUGAGAAUCAUCUUCCCCGAGCUGUACUCGACGACCUACAUAAACCUGUUCGAGUUUAUGACGUGCUUGCUGAUCGUGUUAUCAACAAUCAACGGCGCGUGCAGCUUCUUCAUCUACUUUCAUUUCAGCACCAACUUUCGUUUAGCUUUACUCGGGGAAAAGUCGGACAAAGUAGAAACAAGAAACACAAAAUAA